UGUUGGAUGCCCUGCUUCCCAGCUGUCCCUGCGCUUGUGCAACUCAACAAGGAGGGGCAUCUGUUACUUCUCAACUUCACGGAAGUUAGCAUGCUAGGCGUAUGACUAGCGUUGUUUCAAGCUCAGGUCUGUGGAAACAUCGUUUGUGUUAGGCCUCAAGUGUGUAUCGUACUGAGGAGGUACUUUUUCUAUGGCCCUUGUCUGCAAUCAGCUUCCGGCAUAAGCUUGCGGUAGCAGUUGUGCAGCUCUAACAGGAAGACAGGCGAAGAGAUUGAGGAAGUUGCUGCUUUGUGACGUCCUUCGGUUCAUCAUGACUGAAUUCUGGAUCUGCUUCAGCUGCUGUAUUGCUGAACAACCUCAGCCUAAGAGAAGGAGACGGAUUGAUCGAUCCAUGAUUGGGGAGCCCACAAACUUUGUUCAUACCACACAUGUGGGCUCUGGAGAAUCGGGCACGGCGGUUGGAUCGGCGGACACGGUUCAACAACAGAUGAGGUCCAAAGGUGGUUACGGAAAUGGUGUGUCUGAUGGUGUCCAAAUAUAGUCAAGUUGAAACAAGGCAAAGGAAACUACUGAUGAACAAGGGGCCAUUUUGAAAGCAGAAAUGUUCUCCGCUCAGAUUGUAGAGCAAAAAAACCUCUGGUAUUGAAGAAGUUGUAUAUUUUUUAUACUGAAAGCACUGCAAUACAUUCUUUGCUAUGCUGGUUGCACUGUACAAAUAGAUUACUUAGCUGAAUGCCUGUUGAGGUUGUGUUUAUGUAUGAGAAGGGUUUUUUGUUUUCUUGCUGUCUUUUUUUUUUUCUUUUUAGAUUUAUUUGUGGGUGCAUAUUUAUUUUUGAAGUCAUCAAGCAAUUGGUUUUGAUAUUGUGGCUGGGCCACUAAAGAUAUUGAGCCACAUUUUCAUGAUGUUCAUUUUUAAAGUCAUGUCAUAGAACAGUUUUAUGAACAGAGCCACUUGAAUUUUCUAUUAUACAAAAAAUGUCAGGGUCGCAGAUUUUAUGUAGAAUUUUGCAGAUGGUAGAAUACACUGUUAUUAAAUGCCCAUUGGCAAAUUGAGUAUACUUCAUAAAUGUAUUUUUGUAAAAAUCCUGGUAUUUGUUUUCUCCUCUGAUGUUCAAAUAAAGUACUUUAAAUUAA